AUGGCCGAUACCACAAAACGCAAGCGCGGUGCAGUGUCAUACAAGGAGCCGAGCAGUGACGAGGACUUCUCUGAAAGCGCUAUAUAUGAACAAACACCUCAGAGGAAGCGCACGGCACCAUCUCGACGAUCGGCCAGGCACAAAGCCAACGAUGACGACUCGAGUCGACAGACGACCCCAGACCCGUCUCCUGCGCCCGAACCCUCGAGGAAGAAAUACAAGGAGUCGCGAACUAGGCGACAUCACAAAGUUUCGUACAAGGACAUCAGCUCAGAUGAAGACGAGGACCCAGAUGUGGACUUUGAGGUCCCUGACGAGCAUGUGAAAACAUCACAGCGACGGGCAACAGCAACGGCAACGGCAACGGCAACGGCAGCUCCACCGCCGCGACCUCAAAGAAGCAGAAAAGGUAAGGACCGAGGUCGUCCAAAGCAAAAGCUGGCAAUAGGCCGGAUACGGAAGCCCAACCGGUCACCAGACGCAGCAGCAGAGACUCCCUCAGUCCCUUCCGACGGACAGAAACCAGCCUGGCAAACCCUGCCAUACCACAUCCUCCUUCAAGUCUUUGUGUAUGCGUCACAUCCUCUACAUGAUGAGAACCUGAGACCUACAGCGUCGAUACCUUGGCUGGUCCAAGUGGCGCGUAUUUGCUCAACAUUCACAAAACCAGCUCUGACAGCUCUCUAUCGCAACCCACCGAUCUUUGCUAUGAGACAGACCCGGAGGAACCUCGUUCAUCACCUCAUACAACCUCCCGAUGAGGCACAUGAAACCUACCGAGUGAUGCCAAAACGGCUGACCUUUGACGCAACUCAAAUGUCUACAUUGACAGAUCCCACGCACAGCGUUGCCGACCUAGCGGCGCUUGUCAGAUCGUUGACUACGCUCCGCGAAAUCGACUUCUUCGACCCCAUCGACAGGCCACCUUUCCGCGAACGGUUGCGGCGAGUACGUCGGUGGGUUUAUCCAGAUGAGCUCUUUACAGCACUCCGUGAGACCGAACUGCGACUUCGCAGCUGGCGCUGGAACAGUACAUUCUGUCAGUAUGGCCCCCUGUGGAUGAAGGGCAUACACGGCGACCAAGCGUUUCAAAGCUUGCGCGAACUCACACUCGUCAAGUAUCACCCAGAACCCUCUCGCGAAGAAGAAGAAGAUGAUGAUGACGAUGAAGAAGCCAAUACGGAACCCACCAUGGAAGAGCUGGUUGGUUCUGCGUUGGCUGUCCUGCCCAACUUGAAGUCUCUUACUUUCGAGACCUGCGGCAUCGUCCGAGGGCGCCUUCUACCACUUUUGCCAACGAAUCUCGUCAGUUUGAGCAUCGUCAACUGCGGAGAACUUCUCUCAGAUGUACUAUCCAGCUUCCUGACAACUCACGGCGCACAUUUAGAGGAGCUUGUUCUUCACCACAACCAGGCUCUUGACCUGUCCUUCCUUGUAGAUCUGAAGCAGUCGUGUCCUAAGCUAGAAGUUCUACGGAUGGAUACGACUUACUACAGCUCCCUAGUCAUGUCGUCCGAUAACGAGCCUCUCUACGAGGCCUUGCUUGGCGAGAAUGAGGUUCCCACCUGGCCCACCACUCUGCGCACGCUCGACAUGCAGUAUCUACGUAAAUGGGACUCCACCGCAGCUAGCCACUUCUUUCAGUCUUUGGUAGACUCGGCUGAAGAGCUGCUCAACUUGCAGGAUCUUACAAUUAUUGCCAUGGUCGAUACUGAUUGGCGACAGCGUGCAAAAUUCAGGAGCAAGUGGACCGCAACUUUUCAGACAGUAUUCGCCAGGAAGUGGGAGCCUCCAAAUCCUCACCUCGCGUCGCUCAAAGCUUACAGGCUGUGGAAAGAGGGGCAGAAUUCACUGCGAACCCAGGAAUCGCAGAUUGAAGAGGAAGAAAAGGUUGAUUCUUUCAUCGAAGGAGUGUCAGAAGAGCUCACAAAAACUCAAGCUACAGAAGAGAGCGACAGCGAUGCACCGCUCCUGUCUAGACGCAAGAAGCAGGACCAGCAGUGGGGUUCGACGCGCCUUCGCUCACGAGCCAAGGUAAAUGCAAGCUACGACGAGGAGUCAGAAGACUCAGACUCAGAACACGAAGCAGAAGAAGAAAAAGUCUCUUUUGUACAGGGUCGCUGUCACACGGUGAUCUUCCGCAUUGACAACUUCCGACCACGAGAAGAGAUCUACGCGGAAGCCGACUUUCUUGACGCUGAACCCAGCGGCGACGAUGAGUGGAACGGUAACGACGAAGCUAACGAUGAGGGCGGAGGAUACGCCUGGUAA